GUCAGCUUUGGGCAAGGACCGGAUGUUGACGAGGAGGAAGAGGGUGAUGUGAUCGGCUCACUGGACCAGACAGCGGUAGCAGCCGGGCAGAGCAAGCUCCUUCGCAAGGACACACCUAAGCCGAAACCGUACAGUGGAACUGAUGAGUCAAAACAUACGCCGACGCGACACGCCACGUUCUUUCGGCACACCUUCCUUUGGCAAGGCAUCACCAGGCACGGCAGUGUUGGAGGAAGACGAAGAAGAAGAGGAGGCUGAGGCGGAAAUGAGCCGGCUUGCAGAAGAAUCUGCGGCGAAAGCCAGGGAGGUACCUGAACCAGCAGUAGCAUACAAGGAUUUCGAAGUGGUCAUGAUCAGAAAAGAUGGCUGCAGUCUUGGUAUCAGUAUAUCCGGCGGUGUGGAUUGCAACCCAAGAUAUCGUGCCGACAAUGACCAUGUUUACGUUACAAAGGUGAACCCAGGUGGUUUGGCAGACAAAGCUGGUGAUAUUCAGCCCGGAGAUCAAAUCAUAGCCGUGAAUGAUACAGACUACACGGGUGGAAUUUCACACGAGCAAGCAGUAUCGGUGUUGAAGGCCACCGACGGAACUGUGAAGUUUGUACUGCGCCGGGAAGUCUACACGGACGAGUCGGCACCAGUGACAAUCAAUGUCAUUCCAGCCGUUGUGGAGAAGGACAAUGACGAGGAUGACCUUGAGCGGCGCACGGACACACCGCCGACGCCAGAGGAGACCAAGAGAAAUCUGGUUGCACUGCCGGAAGAGAGGACGCUAGUCGAGGGCAUGGAGAUGGUGACGAUCAACCGUGGCGAAGAAGCUCUCGGUAUGACGAUUGUUGGUGGGAGCGACACUUCCCCCCUGCCAUUUGGCAGUCAGGCUCCAGAUGACAAAGGUGUCUACAUAUCCAAGAUUGUUCCUGAUGGUUUGGUGGCGUCGAGUGGUCAGCUGCGCGUGGGCGAUCAGAUCAUCUCUGUGAACGACAGCGAGCUGACCGGCACCCAGCACAGCACUGCUGUGGCGUGUCUGGUCGGCACGUCCGUGCUGAAGCUGAUUGUGCGUCACGUCGGCCCACCGCCCGGUAUAAUGGAGGUUGUGUUUGCAAAGGCCCCUGAGGAGAAGCUGGGAAUGAGCAUCCGUGGGGGCAGCGGUGCAGCCAAGUCUGGCAAUCCGUUUGACGACAGAGACGAGGGUAUAUUCAUCUCCAAGAUUAACCCUGGCGGUGCGGCUCACCGAUCAGGAAAGUUCCGCCAAGGCCAGCGCAUCCUGGAGGUGAAUGGCAACACACUGCUUGGAGCCACUCACCACGAGGCAGUCCACGUGCUCAAGAGUAUUGGCCAGACUGUGAAGUUUGUAGUGUGCGAUGGGUACGAGCCUCCUGAGAGCGAGCUCCAGUCUUUGGACGCAUCUUUAGUUUCGCAGGUGAGCGCUGUAUCUCAGGCUGUUCCAGCGUCGACAGGGACAACUGAGCCUCUGAGCAAUGCAUCCAGCCAGCCUCUCACUCCACCAUCUGAACCUGUCAGCCCACCAGAGGAGGCAGUCAGUCAGCCCACAGAGGCAGUCAGUCUGCCCACAGACACAGUCAGUCAACCUGCAGAGAGCAGUGCUGCUGUGCCAGAGCAGGUUGGCAGUGUAGAGGCCUCCACUGAGGUUGUUGCAGCACCCGAAACAGCUGAGCCAACCCGCACCACCCCGGAGGUCAUAGUUUCAUCGCCGUCUGAAGAUAGAGGAGACGAGCAAGAUAUUCUUGCAGAGAAGCCGAGAACAACGUCUUGGGCUGAUGAAGUCGAGGCGACAGAAGCCGCCGCAACAGAAGCUGCUGCGGCGGAAGUUGCCUCAACGGAAGCCGCUGCUGCUGCGUCAGAAAACACUGUGGAGGUUGGUGGCCAUGCCCUACGGUCCACUCCGGUUCGGGAAGCACGGCAGAAGUCUGGGUCUGAAAGUGGUGCCGUUUCAAGUCCCUCUCACUCUACGGCCACGCCGGACUCGCUAGACGCAGGCGAGAAUGAUGGCGAAGGUGCAGCAGCAUCUCCAUCGUCAUCAUCAUCAUCUGCAAGCAAGGCCAAGAAGAAGAAGCACAAGAAACACAAGAAGCGCCAUGCAGAGGAAGGCGAGGGCGCCGAAGGCAAGGAGCAUCGGCAUAGGCGGAAGCAACGCAAGGACGGUGACGCAGCUGCAGGAGGCGGCAACGCAUGAACGCCGUAAUAUUCCUUCGUGUUGCCGAGCAGAUCCAGGAGAAGCCAUCCACUGGUGGACCGGUGACUGUUCUGCACAUUCAUCCCGUGAGCUACGCUAGAACAUUGAACAUGUUGGUGUCCGUUGGACGACAAGUGCACGGGCUGCAGACACUGGCUAAUGUAUAGUUUCCUGUUGGAGGUAAUGGACAAGAGUGCAUGCCAUGCCCGGGGGCUCGCCCGUGGCUGGCAAAGAAGAAUGUACAUUUGCUGGCAAGGAGUGUAUUCAUCACAUGCAUUUGCCGAAUGUUGUUGUCAUUAUGAACUGUGAAAAGUCUUGUAUUCAACCCCCCCCCCCCCCCUCUCCCACACCCACACACCUAGGAGUAGAACUCCCAUCCUGCAUGAACCCCAUGUCUAUAGCGCUAUUUUCGCCGUUGCGUCUGUAUUCACGGUCGUCUAAUUGAGUGAAACGUUUGAUGGCAGUUUUCAUAAUGUUACUAUUGCAUAUGCUCGCUCCAGCGUGCACCUGGUGUCUAUCUGAUGAGUGUGAACUCUCCUUUCUCUCUCUCUCUCUCUCUCUCUCUCUCUCUCUCUCUCUCUCUCUCUCUCUCUCUCUCUCUCUCUUUCUCUCUCUCUUUCUCUUCUCUGUCUUCCAAUGACAUACUCUCUAACUGCUUCGCAUCAUUCAUCCAGCAUCGUCCUUGGUUUGGUUUGUUUGCGGCAAUAUCUUGUGAAGACCCUACCCUGCCCUUACCCUGCCCUGACCUGCCCUGCCCUGCCCUGCCCUGCCCUGCCCUGCUCUGCCCUGCCCCUGCACACAGCUUGUAGUAGAGUAGUCCCUGCAGUUAUGAUGUUAGAUAGUAACACGCGAGCAUGAGAUGGUGACACAAGAGUCGGUCGCAGGACAUUGCUUCAUGGUACUGAGGAUGUCUGCCUCACAGAUCCUGCUGCUGCUGCUCACUGUAAUACAGAGCCAUUAACGUUCUCUGCUGUCACUCGUCUUGUGUUGGCCGCGCCGGGGACCUCCUAUAUUUCGUCAUUCUAUCUUUUUGAUGGCUAUCUUUGUUUGAAAUCAUUGCUAUACUAGUCAAUCUAUGUUCUCACAUAAUUAUAUUAUGGUCCGAGAACGUUUAUAAUUAUUGUACAAUCUCCCCUAUAAUAUUGGCCUGGACAUGUAACUUUUCGAUGCCGCGUUGUCUCUGCACUGCUCUGGUUUACUAUUAUACUAUGUUGUGUGACUUUUGUUUGUUGCCGUGUGCCAUUUUUUGUUCGUUGUCCUUCUAUCAUUACGUUGCAGUGCCCUUCCUUAUUGUGUAUUUCUAGGUAAUAAGAUUUGUAAUAUCUUUGAAUGAAAUGAUGGCGUUGUUUUUUUGUCAAGCCUGA